AUGGCGCGUAGGGCAUUAAUCAAAGCUGUGAGUCUGGAGGAAUUAUGGCGAACUUCCGUUGAUCGCACCUCUUUUUCGUUAUAUCUUAGCCGGCAGAAAUUUCAAACUCCCAUUUCGAGUGGGAGAUGUAGGUGUAAGAUUAUUACAAACGUUAGAGAUUGCUGCUCGGAGAGACGAAUUGAUCCCCAGAUUAAUUGCUCUCGUGAUGAAAAUCUGUCGUCGUCCUCGUCAGUGGUUGCUGAGAAUAGCCACGAACCGCCUCAAGAAGUUGAUCUCCAGAUUGUUUCAGACACUUCAAAGACAGAAGGUAGAGUUGGACAAACCACAAAUAUGGUUUUUGGAGGUACGGUGAUUGAUGGUUCGACCUGUGAGUGGCUAACUCUUAAUCAAAAGGUAAACACUUACCCAAGUGUUCGAAGGUUUACAGCAAUUGGGAUCGGAGGCGAUGAUUUUGUGCAAUCUAUGGUUGGUGCUGUGGAGUCUGUCAUUCAACAUUCGAUCCCACAGGCCCAUGUGAAGCAGAGAGUUUCAUCAGGAGGAAAAUACGUCUCGGUGAAUAUUGGACCCGUUCAAGUCAUUUCUAGGGAACAGGUUCGAGCUGUAUAUAAUGCUAUGAGGACCGAUGAACGGAUGAAAUUCUUUCUAUAA